AGACUAUAUAAAAACAUAGACAUUUAUAUAUCUAUGGUAUGAAAAUAGGUUUCGAUAGCGCAUGCAUCGCGCCUUCCAAAAUACAGACGGUUACCUUUAACGACUCUGACGGAUGUCCUAAAGUCAUUUUAUUUUUGACACAGCGAGAUUUCUGCAUUGAAAAGGCCAGAUAAGAAUCGCAUUUGCUGAACACGUUAAAGUCGUUUGAAAUGGGGUCUCUUCGAUAUGUAGCAAUGGGAGCAGUAGUUGGAACAACACUUGGAGCUGGUGUGGUGAUGUUGGGAGUUCCAGUGGCUCUUGGAGUUUUGGGUUUCAAGGCCGCCGGCAUCGCGGCCGGAUCCACCGCCUCCUCUAUGAUGUCAGCAGCGGCGGUAGCCAAUGGGGGCGGAGUGGUAGCGGGGUCGGCGGUGGCCGUUCUGCAGUCCAUAGGGGCAGCGGGGCUCUCCACCACAGCCUCUGCGGUGGUGUCCGGCGUCGGGGGAGCAGUCGGAGCAGUCGGAGCUGUCGCUUCCCGCUUCUUUAACCGUCGCUAGGGAAACGCGUGGAUCCAUCUCUACGAUGCUCGCAGAGGCCCAGCAAGCCCUUUGGAACCCAAACUAAAAAAAAAUAUUAUUAUUAUUAUUAUUUUUUAGUGUGCUGUUGACACAAAAGGAAAUUCUGAAAGCUGAAAAAUGCCAUGCUUUUUUUUUUCUCAGAAAUGGAAGAAACCUCACAAACAUAAACAACCUUCACAAUGUGAUUUGUUGAAAUUAGAGUAGUGUUGGUUUAUUAAAAUUAAUUAAUAUCUUGUUCUCUUUUUUGUCGCUUGAACAAUACUGAGAUUUAGCUGCAGUUAAACAUUGCUGGGAUUUACAGUGGGGACAGUUUUUAUAGUCUUGGCUCUGUACUCCAUCACAUUGGAUUUGAAAUGAAACAGUGAAUAUGUAAUGCAUUGUAAUAAAUUAAAGUGCAGACUGUCCGCUUUAA